CCAGCGGGCAUCUCGGCCACACCCAGCGCCUCGUGGGGUUCCCACAGGGCGACGUGCUGACCACCAGGCACCGGGUGGACCUGGGCGACGGCUCCGCGCCCCUGGCCGUGAACCUCACGCUGCGCAGCGAGCACGUGCGGCACCGCUACGAGAGCCCGGGCGUGUACCGCGUGGCCGUGCGGGCGGAGAACGCCGCGGGGCAGGACGAGGCCGUGCUCUUCGUCCAGGUCAACCCCCCCCUGGAGGCCCUCUACCUCGAAGUGGUGCCCGUCGUUGGCAUCAACGAGGAGGUGGCCCUGACCGCCGUGCUGCUGCCCCUGAACCCCAACCUCACGGUCUUCUACUGGUGGAUCGGCCCCAGCCUGCAGCCCCUGCUGUCGCUGAACAACUCCAUGACGACGCGGUUUGCGGACACGGGGGAGGUGCGUGUGACGGUGCAGGCGGCCUGCGGGAGCUCCGUGCUGCAGGCCUCCAAGGUGGUCCGCGUGCUGGACCAGUUUGAGGUGGUGCCUCUGCAGUUCUCCCCGAACCUGGACACCUACAACCCCAACACGCCCGAGUGGAGAGAGGACGUCGGCCAGGUGGUCAGCUGGCUGCUCGCCAAGGAGACGGCCAUCCCGGCGGAGCUGCUGGUGACGGUGCUGGAGCCGGGGCUGCCCACCGCGGCCAGCCUGUACGUGCUGCCGCCCCCGCCCGGGCCCUCGAGGAUGAGGAGCGCCUCCGGCGACCAGAGCCCGGCGGCCGUGCGGCAGGCGCUGAGCGCGCAGAAGAUCAGCUUCCCCCUGCGGGCCGGCGUCCGCGUGCUGGUGGCCCUCGGGCCGGACACACGCUCUCGGCGGCCGGGCAGCGGCGGUGGUGCCUGGGUGGUGGCCGUGCUCCUGGUCCUCGGGCUGCUCCCCGUGGGAGGCCUCCUGCUCUACAAGUUCAAAAGGAAGCGGCCGGACCGGACGGUGUACGCGCAGAUGCACAACGCCAAGGAGCAGGAGAUGACCAGCCCGCUGGGCCACGGCCAGGCCGGCCCCGGCCCCGUGCAGCCCGAGGAGUUCAUGGACGGCGACCUCCACCCGCCGACCCUAGGGAACCACUCGGGCGUGGUCCUCAGCAUCAACUCCCGCGAGAUGCACAGCUACCUGGUGAGCUGAUGGCCGCGGCGCCCGGAGCGCCCUCUCCGCCCGUCCCCGGGGCACGGCCCCCACGCCGGCUGUGCCGGCACUGGCAUCGCCAGAGGCCGCCCCACGCAAGGCCCAGCGCCCCCGCCUCUGCUCAGGACGCCCGGGGCUGCUGACCGCCGCCUCCCUGGACCCCAGCCACGGCCCCGCCGCCCGCCGGCUCCGGCCCGCCUCCACCCCCGGACGCUGCGCCGGACCCUGGCACCCCCGCCCAGGCCUGACCUCUGGUGCCAGGCGGGUCCCCUGGGUGCCUGCCCGCCCUCUGGCACCGCAGACCCACUCAGCCACGCUGCACAUGGACAGGGUUGUGCCCACCAAGGGCAGCCCGCCAGGCGCCCUCUCAGCGGGCGCCCGCCCUCCAGCAUCAAAGAGCCUGAGGCCCGGGCCUUGCCACGCCUCCUGCCGCCCCUGCCCCCCCCCCCCAACUGCAGGUGAUGGGAAACUCCUUUCCCAGAAUGCCCAGGGCUGCUCCGUGCCCUCUGGGCACCCUUCCCCUGGGCCAGAGGGGCCGAGGCCGGCCUUCCCCUGGGAGCCACGGGGCUGCAGCUUCACAGCCGGCCACCAGGCGGCGCCCCCACAGGCACCUGCUCCCUCGCGGUGGGCCGGGCCCAGAGGCCCAAGCUGCUGCAGUGAUUGCUUCGGGGGACACACGGAACCCGGGGACCAGAGGGUUAGAUCGGAGGGCGGGUGUGCCCCCUGGGGGUGCAGACCCCAAGGCCAGAGAGGGGGUGACCCUCCCCAGGCCAGACCGCAGUCGAGGCAGAGCGCCUGGGAGCCAGCCCUCGGCCCCCGGGCCAUGCAGUCCGCUCACCGGAGCCAGAAUCAGUGACGCUGCUGCCUCAGGGUCCGGUGCGAACACGUGGGGGCUGCUCCCCCUUGGCCUUGAACCCGAAUCAGUAUUUCCCCCCCCCCCCUCCUCCACGCACUGACCCCUCCUCCCCCCAGGGCAGGGCCCUCUGGUGGCCUCUCCUGGGGACACCAGAGCCCGGGCUAGGGACCGGCUGGCCUGGGUGGGGAGAACAGCCCCCUGGAGCAGUGGGGGAUCCCGCCAGUCUAGCGCCCUGUCACCAUGGCGACUCGGAGACCACAGGGGGGAGAGGUCCCUGUGGGUCCCUCCCCUGGCCCUGCCCACCAGCAGACAGCCACUCUGCAGACUCAGCCCAAGGACAGGGCGGGGGGUGGUCUGGGGGGCACAGUCAGUUUCCAGACACUUAGGGAGCCCUGUGUCCACCCCACCCGCCUGGGAGACGGACACUGUCCAGGCCCAGGGUCAGGGGCGGCAUGGCGUGCCCUGGACACAGCCCCUGCCCAGCUCACCAGUGCCUGCGGGUGACCCCCUGUGACCCUGAACCCCGCGAUUCACUGCUGUUCGGGCAGGCCUGCCCCGGCCGCUGGCGGUUUGCUUGGGGUUGUCAUUCCUUCUGCCUAUGAGGAGUAUCUGGGGCCCAUGAACCCCGAAACGAGGUGGCACUGGCUCCCCUGCACUUCCCCACCCACAGCGUCCGGUCGCCACGUGGGUCCACGGCCCUCCGGCUACACGUUUGAGGGCGCACAUGGGGCGCCCAGCCCCGCACAGGCUCCGGGGGAGGCGCGGCCUGCUGCAGCCGCAGGGCAGUCCCCCGGGCUGUGCCCACUGGUAUAUGCACACCACAGAGAUGCGAUCGGUUCUUUCUUACUUUUCCUUUUUAAAAACCAAUAAACCACUUGUGAUGCUUUUAACAAA